UGCGGCAGCAGCGCGACGCACGCAGGGCGCUACGGUGGUGGAGGUUAACGCUCGGGAGGUCCGAGUCCACACCGGUACCAAACCCACGUCCAGGCGAGCCCGAGGCAGGCGGAGGCGGACAUGGGCAACGCGGAGAGCGGCUGCGGCGGCGGCAGCGGCGACGAGGAGGAGGUGGAGGCGGAGAGCCCCGGCUUCGCGGAAGACAGCCCGGCCUCGGCCACCACAGGCGGCGGUGUCGCCGCCGGCUCGGGGAGGAGCGGAAGGGGGUCGAGCGCCGUCCACGUCCCCACCAGCGGACCGCCGAGCCCCGCGGUGCUGCUGGAGCAGGUGAAGCUGCGGGAGGCGGCGGCGCGCAUCAGCGACUCCGGCGGCGCCAUCCACGAGUCCGUGCUGUCCGGGAAUGAGGGCGCCCUGAUGCGCUGGCUGGAGGACCGGCUGAACCGCGGAGAGGAGUCCGUCAAUGUGGAGCAGUUCUGCGAGAUGCUGGAGAUCCGGGACGCCCCGAGAGAAGAGUGUGAGGAGGCUUUUGAACAGUUUGAUGCAGAGGGGGAUGGCGUGGUGGAUGUGGAGAGCAUGCUGAUUGCUCUUAAGAACUCCAAUGGAGCUAAUCUGCAGGGAGAGCUGAGUCAUGUGAUAAGACAGCUACAGGCUUGCUCUCUCACCCCAGGUUUUGUUGACAUAUUCUCCAAGACCAAAGACAGAAUAGGAGCACAUGCCUCGAAGAUCCUUAAAUUCUUACACAGGAAUCGUAUUCCCAGUAGUGCCAUCCCCUUCCCCAUCUUAGAGGGCUACAACAGUAUCUGCACCAUGAGGUCCAGCGUCGUUCAGGACUUUUUGGAAUACCUGUUGCAGAAGGAGCGAGAUUUAGAUAUCCAGUACAGAGCAGCGCUAGAUCGUGAUCCAGAUGUGGAUAAGGUCAAGGUGAUCACACAGUGCUACAGCACAAUAGAGGCAUCGUCCAACGUCACAGAUAUCUACAAAAUGACAAAUGGGGAAACGUCAUCUUUUUGGCAGUCAGACGGCAGUGCACGAUCACACUGGAUACGACUUAAAAUGAAACCGGAUGUUGUCUUGCGGCGUCUGGCCAUCGCUGUGGCUUCCAAUGACCACAGUUAUAUGCCUCAGCUGGUCUCAGUGGCUGUGGGGAAAAACCGGCGUUCCCUGCAGGAGAUCAGAGACAUCCGUAUCCCCGGGAAUGUCACUGGUUACGUAGCUCUGUUGGAGAAUGCCAACAUCACACACCCCUAUGUCCAAAUCAACAUUAAGAGGUGCCUGAGUGAUGGAUGUGAUACACGGAUUCAUGGCUUGAAGACUCUGGGUUAUCAGAUAACCAAGAGUAAAGAGGUGUCUGUUUCUGAUGCUUCAGCCAUCUGGUACCUGUCUCUCCUCACAUCUUUGGUCACCGCAUCCAUGGAGACCAACCCUGCUCUGGCUCAGACUGUCCUGCAGAGCACACAGAAAGCCUUACAGCACAUGCCACCUUUGUCCCUAACACCGUCAUCUUCCGAGUUCCCCAAGUUCUUUUCUUUGAAUGUCUUGGAGGAGGUGGAUGGAUUUCUUCUCAGGAUAGCAGAUUGCUGUGUGAGUCCUGAUGCUGAGUUGACCCUCCUGGCCUUUGCCCUGGCCAGAGGCAGUGUGGCAAAAAUACUCCAGGCCCUGUCCUGCAUCAGCGAUCAUUUGCAGAGCAAAUACAAGGCCUCCUCCCUCAUCGCCUCCAUGGCCUCCGUCAGGCUCCGGCUACUCUAUCGUAAUGGCAAGCCUCUUCAGCUGCACCUUCAGGCCUGCGAUGUAAAGAGUAAAGAGGAGAAAUCCGGACCUGAAAACAUGCUUGCAGAGUCUUCCACUGGCGACGGUUUUCUCACGGAAAGCGGGAAGAGGAAAGCCAGCGUGAUCCUGUCGACGGAGGACCAGAGCAGCUUCCAGGUCACUCAGAUGAAGAUCAAAGUGAGAAAAGGAGCUAUUGGAGCAAAAUGCGGCUUAGUGUUUGCUUACAAGGAGGAAGAUCCUUUCGAUGCAGAAAAACAUUUCAAGAGGUUCAAAAAGUAUGACACAUGGAGCUACAAGGACUACAAAGAGUUUGUGCAAGACAACGUGAAGAUUUCAGCGCAGAGUGAGGACGAGCCGAUCGGCUGGUUUGAGGUUGAGGAUGAAUGGAAUGAUGUGGAGAUCAAACUGCAGCUGUGUCGUGUCGCAAAGUUCCUGAUGGUGAAAUUCCUCAGCACCAGGCAGGAUUCAGCCGAGCGUCUUGGCGUGCAGUCUCUGAGCUUCAGCGGCUACUCGUGCCCCGGGACGGAGCGGCUGGGAGACCUGGACGACCUCAGCGCACAGGGGGACAGCUUUGAUCACGAUACUGUCACUGGCCUUUGUCUGCUAAACAAAACCUUAUUCUUCAUACAGCAGCUGACACAUGACAUGGAUGCCUCUCACCUCAAGCAGAAGUACCUUCUGGACUUCAGUGGUCUCAGUCUGAACCUUUUCUGGAACUUCUACAAUAAACUCAGGGAGAUUGCGGAAGAGGAGGUGCUGAAGAGCAUAGUUCUGCUGCUCCAGCUGAUGCAGAAUUGUUUUCCCACGCUGCCCAACCCACUGCAGCCUCCGGGCCUAGAGGAGAGCAGAGAGCCUGAGGACAGUGCCGCUGCAGCUGCACAUCCAUCCACAUCCAGCAGCGAGGAGCCUCUUAAUGACUCUGUGAAGCCAGUGUUGGAGCUCUACAACCAUCUCUGCCACAUUGUGGAUUGUCCGGAGGGAGAGACGGUAGUGGAAAAAGCUUCACACAAAGAAGCAGUCAAGGCCAUUCUUAACGGGGCUGCUGUUUUCUUCCCCGAUAAACACGACAGACGGGACAAACUCUUCCACAUGAUGAAAAAUAUUACAGAAGAAGAUCAGCCAGAGUCGGUGAAGGUGACGUUUGAAUCUCUCUGUAGUUACUUCAGCAACCAGGAUCCAAGUGGCCUUCUCUUACUGCCACCUAAAGGAGCUCCGUCAGACUUUGACAUUCAUCCAAUACUGUCAGUCAUGGAAACUCUGCUGCUGGUGGCAACCAGAGAGUGUGAGGUCAUGAUGGUGGAUGAUAGCGCUGGAGCCAGCAGGACAGUGCUGCUAUCCCUGUUCUGGGCUUUGCAAGGAAGUCUACUUUCCUGGUGCUACCUACAGCUCAAGGGUGGAGCUUCCACACCUGUUGCCAUGGACCUAGCCAGAGACAUCCUCCUAAAAUAUGUCGAUCAGUUUCUGGGAAGCAUCAAAGCUGUUCUGGGGUCCUUGCUGGAGAGGUACUCCUGUACUGAAAUCACUGACAAGUUAGGCAGUUCCAUCUUAGCCACCAUCUUCAGACAGCUGAUGAUCUUCCUCCUGGAGCUGUGCUCUUUGGAUAUCCCCCACAGUGUGUUGCUGAAAAGCUUCUCUUCUCUGGUUGAGCUACUCAAAAGCUUAUCAAGUGAUACUGGAGACAUCUUUUCUAAGGUGGAUCAAGAGAGCUGGCACCAACCUCAGCAGCCGGUGGUGCUCAGGACCUGGAACAUGGAGUCUCCUCACAACUAUGAGAACAGCCGGCACGAGACCACCAUCUUUGCCUGUCCUGGUGCAACCUCUUUUCAGGUGGAAUUUGAUGAACGCUGUGAGACGGAGAAGAGAUACGAUUAUCUAGAAUUCACCGACUCUAGAGGAGGGAAGGUGCGCUACGACAUGAAGGUUGGAACUGAGAAAUGGCCAAAGAAGGUGACCUUCGAUGCCGGCCCUCAGCUGCAGUUCCUCUUUCAUUCUGAUAGCAGCAAUAACGAGUGGGGUUACAAGUUCACUGUAACAGCCCUGGGUCUACCUGACAUCACCCUGUCCUGGAUGUCUGACCUGCAGCUGCUGGUGGCACGCCUGAUGGGUCGCCUGGCGUCCAGAACGCUGGCACUGAAAUCUCCUUACGAGAUUCGCACUGUGAAAGAGCUUCCACCAGGAAAAAUGUCCCAUGUUCAGUCUUCACCUCUAUGGAAACCCAUCCUGCGACAUGGUUUGUGUGAAACAAAUCGGACUAAGACGGCCCAAGAUCAGACGAAAUUGUGGACUCCUGAUGAGUUAAUGGUGUUCCUGGAAGAUUUUGCACGCUGGAACCCUGCCCAAGAACAAACAGACAGUAGAACAGAAUUAAUGAGGACCCUAAUGCAGUCUUGCAGAAGACAGCUGUUGAGAAAUGAAAUUGCAGUUGGAGCAAAGACAGACCAGGCUGUAAAUGCCAUUUGGGCAGCAAUGGUAUACCACACACCGGCCCUCAACCAGGCCCUGAACAGCUACGUUAACCAAGAGUGCAAGUCCUGUCUAAGUGAGGAGUUUGUGCAGGUGUAUACUCUGGCAGACAGCAUCAGAACAUGGAUGUUGGAGAUGAAGCAGAGAUACUUAGUUGGCAAAUUGAACGUUCCUGAUGACAAAGAGGGGGUUCAAGAAGAGGUUACCAUGGAGACACUUGCUGAGAUGUGCAUUGAGAAGAGCCUCUUGCUGUUUCGGUUUGCUCCAUGUGGAAAACCGUGUCAGGCCAGCGAGUCUUCCAAAGCCACAAAGGGCAGCGCUCCGCUGAUUCUCCGCUCAAAUUCAGUUUCAGAAAGUGACUUCCAGGCAAGCUCCUCUGUGAGCACUCAGACUGGAGGCUGCGAGGAGGGCAAUGAGGUCAGGACGGGCCCGACUCCAUCCUGUACUCAGGGUCCUGCCUCAUCCUCCUGCGAACACGGCAAACAAGGCCUCAGGGGCUCCACAGAGAGUCUUGCCUCGCAGCCAGCGGAGCCGGCCUCACCUUCGACAUUCCCCCGAAAAGCCCCGUUCAGCCGCUCACGCCUUCGUCUCCUGUCCUGCCGCUCCAUUGAAGAGCCCCGCCUGAUUUCCUCCGUCAAGGAUCACUACCCAAUACUGAAACACAUCCUAAACUUCAUAAAGGACCAGGCCCUCACAACGGCAAGCAUCCUGCACACCCUGGCCCUGAACAAAGCGCAGGCCAUGAGCAUGUGUAAGGUGCUGGAGAUGGUUCGGCAGUGUUUACGAUCCCUGGGACAGCCACACCUCUUUCAAGCUCCCUGUAUCCUGUUUCUUCAGGAGCUCCUGGCGUGUCAGAAAGACUUCACCAGUUAUUUCUCUCAGCUGUCAGACAGUGGGCAAAAUCUUGGAGAAGAGGUGAGGAGUUCCUACCAUCAGCUGGUGCUCAUGCUGGUGGAGGCUGUGCAAGGCUUCAGCAGCCUCAAUGAAAAAGCUCUGCUUCCGGCCCUCUCAUUUGUGCAGACCUGCUUGUUGCACCUCCUGGACAUGAACUGGGAGGUGCAGGACCUCCCCCUCUUCCUGAGUAUCAAGCUUCCAGACCUUCUACUCAGCAUGUCCCAGGAGAACAUCAGCAUUCAUGACGUUGCCAUCAGUCAAUGGACAGAAGAGGAUGAGAUUGCAGACUACAAGAAGAACCAGGAGUGGAUGGAUGAGUGUAUGGAUGGCAUGUUUGAGAAAUGGUACGACAAAAUCGAUGAAGAAGACGCCAUGGAGGACAGGAGGAAGAUGCACAUGUUCAUAGCCCGCUAUUGCGACCUGCUCAAUGUGGUGAUCUCCUGUGAUGGCUGCAAGAGAAUGGCGCCCUGGCACCGUUACAGAUGUGUGCAGUGCAUGGAUAUGGACCUCUGCAAAACCUGCUUCCUCAGUGGUGCAAAGCCUGAAGGCCACGAAGAUGAUCAUGAAAUGGUGAAUAUGGAGUAUGCCUGUGACCACUGCCAGGGGCUCAUAGUAGGCAGCAGGAUCAACUGCAACGUUUGCGAAGACUUUGACUUGUGUUUUGGUUGUUACAAUGCCAAGAAGUAUCCUGACAGUCAUCUGCCCACCCAUCGGAUCACUGUGUACCCAAUGGUGACGAUACGACUCAGUGACCGCCACCGUCUGAUCCAGCCUUACAUCCACAACUACUCCUGGCUGCUGUUCGCUGCUUUGGCCCUGUACACGUCAGAGCUGAGCAGUGAGAGGAAGGUGGAGGGGGAGGCUUUGGAAAGUAAAACCCUGGAACAGGCCUCUUUACUGCAGACAUGUUGCUCUCAACUCAUCACUGAAUGUCUACUCAAGGGACAGACUGGGAAAGGUCUCCGUUCUUCAGCCUUGCUUGCUUUGCUCUCCUCCAAUGAGUCGGCUUCAGACAGCGAGUUGUGUCCAGUUUCUCCCGAGUCCUCUCAGGAGGUCAGCACGGCCACCGACACUUCUUCACUUCCUGGCAGCACUGCAGCGAUCUGCUCCCCAUCAUCUCCCAAGGAACAGAAUAAACCAUCAGGUAAGGAGAAAAAGGUAAAAGAGGUGAGCUCUCCUCCCGCUGGUCCUCCAGAAGAGACGUUCCUCCCAAGCGCCGAAGAGUCGAACAGAAAGAAGCUGGUUACUCAAGACACCCUGGAUUCUUCUAGCCUCAGCAAGACUCCAUCCGUGUCCAGCGAGGAUCCUCUCUCUCCUGUGGUCCGACCCUCAGAGUCUGUACCACGGGAAGCCAACUCUCCAGAAUCGGAAGUGACCAAGGAGACAGACGAGAGGCUGCCUGAGGUUCCCCUUCAGGAGCACGUGUUUUCAGAGUGCUCCAGAGAGAGGAUCCUGGGACUUCUCGCCGCAAUGCUGCCACCAGCCAAACCAGGCUGCACCCUGUCCCUGCCCAGUCUGAGCUCCAUCCUCCCCCAGCUCUUCAGGGCCGUCAUUUCCAACGCCGGCUCUCUCAACGAGACCUACCACCUCACCCUUGGGCUCCUGGGUCAGCUGCUGCUGCGAAUCCCUCCGGUGGAAGCCGAUGCUGCCGUUACAGAAGCCCUGGCUGACAAGUUUGAGCUGCUGAUGCAAGGAGAGGCCGUUUGUUCUGACACUCAGGGCUGGAAGACUGCCCAGCUGCUUUUCAGCCUUGGGGCUGUCUGUUUAGACAGUCGUAUCGGUCUGGAUUGGGCUUGCACAGUGGCAGACAUUUUACACAGCCUGAACGCUUGCCCCGAGUGGAGCACUGUCAUCGCCGCCUUCACAGACCACUGCAUUCAGCAGCUGCCGCAAACUCUGAAACGCACCAACCUCUUCACCCUGCUGGUGCUGGUGGGCUUCCCUGAGGUGCUGUGCGUGGGAACCCAGACGGUGUUCAUCGACAACGCCAAUGAACAGCACAACAUGAUUUUGCUCAAACACUUAACAGAGAAGAACCUCGCUGCAGUGGUGGAUGUUAAGACACGGAAGAGGAAAACAGUGAAGGAUUACCAGCUCAUCCAGUCUCAGGAUUCCACCACAAACAGUCUACCAGGACAGUCGGAAAGCCAGGGCUGCCAAAAAAUGUUUCUCAAUUGCUACCUGAGCAAUUUCACCUCCAUCAUCCGCCACCUGUUGCAGAUCAGUGUGGACGGUGUCUCUCCCGACGCUGUGGAGGCUUCCUGGGUCCUGUCCUUGGCUCUUAAAGGCCUCUACAAUACGCUCAAAAAGCAUGGAGUGGAGCAAGCUCAUGAGGCCAUCCAGCAGUCAGGGCUGACCCAGCUACUCGUGAGGAAGUGCAGUAAGGGGACAGGGUUUAGUAAGCUGUGGCUGCUGCGAGACCUGGAGAUCCUUUCCAUCAUGCUCUACUCCUCCAAGAGAGAGAUCCAUUCUAUGGCUCAAGACCCCGAUCGAGACCAGAGAGAUCCGGACAAGGAGCAUGACUCGGACCACUCCAGUUCCUGUGCUGACGAUACCGACAUCAACAGGCCUGAUCCCCUAGAAGGUUUAGAUGAAGAGACAAAGAUUUGCUUCCAGAUCACCCAUGAUGCCUUAAAUGCCCCUCUGCCAAUCCUGCGAGCCAUGUAUGAGCUGCAGAUGAAGAGGACUGACUCUUUCUUCCUGGAGGUGCAGAAAAGAUUUGAUGGAGAAGAGAUAAAAACAGAUGAGACGAUUCGAACAUUGGCGCAGAAGUGGCAGCCUUCCAGACGGCAUCGCUUAGAGGACAGAAACACAAAGGCUGUGGACACUGAUAUGAUAGUGGUGUCUUGUAUGUCCAAACCAAGUCACUGUGAAAAGGCCACAGAAGAGAUCAAUGUUGUGGCCCAGAAGCUCAUCACCAAUUCAGAGACGGACUUGCAGCUCAGCUACGCUAAACAGAGACGCUCCAAAAGCUCGGCUCUGCUGCACAAAGAGCUGGACGUCCGCAGCAAUCGGUCGGUUCGUCAGUACCUGGUGAAGGUCAACCAGGCCAUCGCAACCCUGUACGCUCGCCACGUGCUGGCCUCGCUGCUGGCAGACUGGCCUGCAGGGGCAGCGCUGAGCGAGGAGGCCUUGGAGCUGAGCGGGGCCUCACAUAUGGCGUACAUCCUGGAUAUGCUAAUGCAGCUGGAGGAGAGGCCGCUCUGGGAGAAGAUUCUCCAGAGGGUACUGAAGGGCUGCAGCCAGAGUAUGCUGUGCAGUCUGUCUCUCACUGCUUGCCAGUUCAUGGAGGAGCCCGGUAUGGCCGUGCAGGUCAGGGAGUCCAAACAUCCAUAUGACAACAACACCAACUUCGAGGAUAAAGUGCACAUCCCCGGAGCCAUCCACCUGUCUGUGAAAUUUGACUCCCGCUGCUACACAGAGGAGGGCUGUGAUGAGCUCAUCAUGUCGAGCAGCAGUGAUUUCCUCCAGGACGUUCACAACUUCAGUGGAUCUCCUCAGAAAUGGUCUGACUUUGAAAUCCCAGGUGAUACCCUGUAUUACAGGUUUAUGUCGGACAUGAGCAAUACAGAGUGGGGCUACAAGUUUACGGUUACCGGAGGCCACAGGGGACGUUUUCAGACAGGGUUUGAAAUACUGAAGCAGUUGUUAGCCGAUGAUCAAGUGCUCAAUCAUUUGCCACUGGGAGAUAUCUGGGAGUGGCAAGUGGGCGUGGCAUGUCGUCAGACUGGUAACCAGCGGCUUAAGGCCAUUCACCUGUUGCUCCGUCUGCUGCAGUGUCAAUCACAGACACCUUGCGCAUUGACGCUGCUGCGGCCUCUGUGGCAGCUCUUCAUGAUGAUGGAAAACAACCUGGGCCAGGAUCCUACCAGUAUCACUGUGCUGCUGCCUCUUCACAGAGCCCUAACCGAGCUCUUCUUCAUCGCCGAGGCCCGUGCCAUUACACAGGGCAUCCUGCAGGAGUACUUGCUGGCUAUGACCACUGAUGAGCAGCUCCUAAAUCAUACAGCGAUGGCUCUGAAGAACAUUGCUGCCAUCAGCCUGGCCAUCAAUUACCCCAAUAAAUCUACCAAGCUACUCAACAUGUCUCCAUGAGAGGUCCCCAAAGGAAGAAGUGGGAGAGCAUCUCGGAGAGGACAUGUCCUGCCUCAGAGGGAAAAAGUUUGUCUCACCAUUGAGUGCUUUUCCUCCAGCAGGACGCCCCUCAGCAUCCUUGUCUCCACACCAGUGCCUCUGCAGCACCGUGGACAUGAGCUGUGGGGGGGCACUCACACAGCACUUUCCACACGUAUUCUCAAUCCUCUUUGCCUUAGGUGAAUCCUGUAUAUCAGCAUGUGCUUUCACUGAAAAGGGGGCAGUUGGUUGUUUUUUUUUCUUCUCUCUUUGUUUGGAUAGUUUUUUUUUCUUCUCCCUAAGUUUUCACUUGAAGAUGCUGUGUUAAAGGACAUGAAGUGUGCCAAAUUUGCAACCUUCAAUGGGAAGUGUACUCCUCUUUUUCCUGCCUUUUCUCCUCCUGAACAGCAGCCACUCCGGAUUACGUGUUGAUCGCUGUGAAAACGGGUCACCUUGGCAACUCGCAUGUCUCAGUAGACGUAUAGAGGCUCCUAAAAAUACAGUCCAGGACAUAGGAGUCUCAUUAGUCACCGCAGAGUGAGAGUGGCGACCUACUAGCUCAUUCCACUUCGUUGUCCCGUUUUUUUUUAUUUCUUCCCCUUUCUUCUCCUUUCCUUCGACUCACCUUUUUUCCGUCCUUUAAUUUUUACUUUUCAUGCCACAGCAUCGGGUGAUGCAAACUUUUAGGUCUUUCACUAAAGGACAGGAUCAAUGCAUCCCCACGUAAGUCCAAAACACCCAUCUCAAACUGAGACCCUCUGAAGAACCGGUGACAAUGACACAAAGCCAUAGUUUUUGCAUUUAAAUAAGGGAAAGUUUAUUCCGGUUUAAUUUCGUUCAGUCAAGGUGCUGAAGUUUUUUCAGCUUCAGUUACCACUUAACUUGAUCAUGAGACCAGUGUGGAUGAUGAUGGAGGUUAACAUCAGCGAUAAAUGCCUCUGGAAUAUGCUUUAUCUCUUAAAGGCCUUCAGUUUUAUUCUCAGCUUUAUUUAUUUACCACUUUCAUACUAUUUUUACUGUCUUGAUUUAUUUUCACAGCCCUGAUUAAAAGCUGUCCUCCAUCAAAAGUCACUCUCACAUUUUCUUAACGGUGUAGUGAACACAUAUGUAUCAUUGUUGCACUUGAAGCCUGUAAAAUAGUCACCAUAGCCUUAUUAUUUACCAGUAAGGCAAACUUAAUUUCAAAAAAGGGGGUGCGGCAGCCAGAUAAAUCACAUCACCGAUUGCACGACUGCUAGAUUUCCAGGUAUCACACUUGCCCACAGUCAUCUAGAGUUGGAAACUUGUUCAUCUUCACUAAUGCCACAGAUGAGGAUAAGUGCUUGAAUGUGUAACGUCACUGACAUCACUUCAAGCCCACCUGUGAUGGAUGCAGAGAUGCAGCCACAGUCACUUCCAGCGCAGCAUCAAGUUUUCCAUUUUUUGGAGAGAGAAUAGAUAAGGAUUUGUUUUUUGAGUUGUUUUUUUUCAGUCAAUACUGUAUACAGUUCAGAGGAGGAGGUUCUUUUAGUUGUAGGAGGUCGUGGUAGUUUUAUACCAAAGAAACCAGUCAUUGUUAGCCACAAAACAUUGCAGUUAGUUCUGUUCCCACAUAUCAGAUGGCUGCCCUGCGAUGAGGUGAAGCAGAUGCCAACUUUUCCACAUUGUUCAGUUUUUCUCUUUCCUUUUUGAAGUGGUCCAUAAAUGGGCUGCAGGUUAGCUCGGUGGUUCUGUUUACACAAACAUCAGCUGCAGCGAGGAGACGAAGAGACGCGCGGCCUCCAUUCGGCCUCCGCAACGCCUCACCUAUCUACGACGUGCCUAUGGUUAAAGAUGAAGCAAUCAUAAUUUAAGUCAUGUUAUUAAUUACUUUUUAAAAGAGAAAUAUAUUGUUUCAUUUGAAGUUUUUUGUAAUUUUUUACUUUUAAUGUUGGUUUCCUUUUGCGAGGAUGCUUGAUGUGAGGGUGACUAAUUGAAUGUACAUAACUGUGAAUACUGAUUGCACAGUAAAAAAGACUUUAUCAACCCCUUAAAAUGUAUAACUAUCAGGCACUGACAUGGACACUUUGAAUCGGAUUUUGUAUGCAUGGCACACUAUAAAAUAAAACAAAAGAAGACAGAACUGCUCGGGUUGAAAUGACAUCCAUUUCUAAUAAAAACAGAAAUGUCAUGA